CCAUCUCGGACUUAAUUCCACAGAUACUAUACUUAAUUAAAAAUGAAAAAGAUAGCUCAAAUUCAGGCCAAAAAUGCGGCGGCUCAAAAGCUUGUUGAAAACUAUGCCUCCAGUUCUGAAGAUGAAGGCGAGCUGGAUGAAACACGCAUACUGGAUUUGCUUUAUGAGCACUAUCAGCCGCCAUCGGAACGCAGCUCAGCCAACAGUAGCAAUGGCCAUAGCAUGGGACGCACAGCAACGUUCCUUCAAAAUGCGUUGCAUUCUGGAGCGGCUACCUGUUUGAUUUGCAUCGGUAGCAUACGACGCGUUGAGGCGAUAUGGUCGUGUCAGAGCUGUUACUGUUUCUUUCACUUGAACUGCAUUCAGCGUUGGGCUAAUGAUAGUCUGAUGCAGAUGAAAACCAAGGUGGAACAGCAAAAUGGCGAGCAAGGUUACUAUAAUUUUAUGGGUGAAUAUGUGCCACCAAAGCGGCAUAAACAGCUACACUGGUGCUGCCCCCAGUGCCGCAAGGAGUACUUACCAGGCGAACGACCAAAGCAAUACGAAUGUUUUUGUGGGAAGGAGUUGGACCCGAAACCAGAGCCAUUUCUUGUUCCACACUCUUGUGGAGAAAUUUGUAGCAAACUCUUACAGCCAAAAUGUGGACACGACUGCAAGUUGCUCUGCCAUCCUGGUCCAUGUCCACCCUGCGCUCAAUUGGCUCACAGCUCCUGCCUUUGUGGCAAGUCAGCCCCUCGCUCGAUGCGCUGCAUUGAUAAGCACUGGCAAUGCCAGCAAAUUUGUAAUGAAUUACUGAAAUGUGGAAAGCAUUUAUGCAAUCAAAUAUGUCAUAGACCAGGCCAGUGUCCGCCGUGUACGAAUAAGAGUAAGCAGCCCUGCGAGUGCAAUCGAGAGGUGAAGACGGUAAACUGCUCGGAGCUUAAAUGGAAAUGUAAAAGAGUUUGUGGGGCUGCCUAUUCUUGUGGUCUGCAUUUUUGCGAACGAGUUUGUCACUAUGGAAGUUGUGGGGAUUGUCCCUUGGGUUUGCCUCGCACGUGUCCCUGCGGCAAGAGCAGCAAAGUUGGUCCUUGCAGUCUAGCGAUUGACACUUGUGGCGACACCUGUCAGAAACUCCUCCCCUGCGGACUCCACACAUGCACCCAGCGCUGUCAUCGGGGAUCUUGUAAUUUGUGUUUAGUUAUCACCAAAAAACGAUGCAGGUGCGGGCAGCACGAAAAAGAGCUUCCCUGUUCCAAGGAAUUUACAUGCGAGACCAAGUGCAAGCGCAUGCGUGACUGUGGGAAGCAUGUGUGCAAUCGAAAGUGCUGUGGAGAUCAGUGUCCACCAUGUGAAAAGAUCUGUGGCAAACAGUUGAGUUGCAACAAACACAAAUGUCAGUCCGUCUGCCACAAUGGUCCUUGCUAUCCAUGCAAACUGGAGUCCCAGGUAAAUUGUCGUUGCGGUAAGACGAGAAAAAGCGUACCCUGUGGGCGGGAGCGUAAUGCUAGGAUUAUUUGUCUGGAGCUCUGUCGUAUCACGUCUAAAUGUCAUCAUAGCGUUAAACAUCGUUGCCACAAGGGAGAGUGCCCGCCUUGUGGACAACCAUGCAAUCUGCCAAAUGAUAUCAGCGGUUGUGGACACAUUUGCAAGGCACGUUGUCACGCAGCAAUACGAGUUCCUAUAUCAUCAGCAAGCGCAAAAAAGUAUGAGUAUAAAGCACAGCCUCAUCCGCGUUGUGAGCAAAGCGUCAACGUCACAUGUAUUGGAGGCCACGAAGUAGCUAUGUGGCCAUGCUGGAACUCCAAGCCUUCAUCCUGUCAGCGUAAAUGUGCUCGGAAAUUGAAGUGUGGCAAUCAUAAAUGCAAUCUUGUCUGCCAUGCCGUGCCCAAUCUUCAGGAUAUGAAUGAGCAAUCCGGGUGCGCUAAAUGCGAGGAGGGCUGUGCAGUCCCACGACCUUCGGGUUGCAUACAUGCUUGUCCAAGAUCUUGUCAUCCACCACCAUGCAUGCCUUGCAAUGUAAUUAUCAAAAGUAAAUGCCAUUGCGGUCUGAAUCAGGUUGUCUACAAGUGCAAUGAGUUCUUCGACGAAAAGAGCACCAUACAGGAAAUUGUUGAACGGCAGCAGAAAUUUCGGAGUUGCGGUAAUCGCUGCUUGAAAAAUUUUGCUUGCGGCCAUCGAUGCAUGACAACUUGCCACCCUGGAAAAUGCCCAAAUCCGGAGCUGUGUCGCAAGAAAGUCCGCAUUUAUUGUAAAUGCAAAAGAAUCAAGUUGGAAAUCUCUUGUGAUAAAAAUCGAGCUGGUCAAGUGUCCUUGGAUUGUGAUGCCUAUUGCGCUGCAGAACGGCAAAGAGUCGAGGCUGCCGAACGACAGGAAAUUGAGCAGAAAUUGCUCGAAGAGGACAGAAAGAGGCGCAUAGAGCUUGAGAAAUUCGAGCAGAAAUUUGGCAAGCGUAAACAAAGAGAACGUAAACUAAUCGAAACCGAACCAGCCAAACCUCUGAUUAAUUGGCAUCGCCUGGCAAUCUAUGGGCUGGCCCUGCUCGCGGUCUUGGCCGCCAUAGGCAUAGGUUUUUAUGCGGACAGUUAAAACAAACACAGAUAGGUAGAGUUAAAAAUACUUAAUGAAAUUGUCUAAGGAAAUUAAUACAUAAACAAAUUAACUAACACAACGGACACAAAUUGGA